GACCAUCUCAAUGUCAUACUGACACAGAUUUUCAAGUAUCAGAGGUGAAAUCUCCUCAUGAAGGUAAUCUGUCUGAAAAACUAAAGUCUUUGAUAAACAAAGAAGGCAACAGAACCAGAGUUAUCCAGCCUCACAGGUCACAAGAGCUGAAAAAAGUAUUUUCCACAGGAACCCUAAGAGAGGAUAUGAAGAACUAUGAAUGGUAUAGCGGCAUCCAUACUCGAGAUACAGCAGAACAGGCUUUGCUCAGAGAACAGAUUGAUGGAUCGUUUGUGGUACGAGACAGUUCAAUAAAAUCAAGCGAGACACCAUAUGUUCUAGUUAUAUUUUAUGCCGACAAGGUUUAUAACAUUAAAAUUCGUUAUCUGGAAGAUAUCCAUCAGUAUGCCCUUGGAUCAGGUUUGCGAGGAGAUGAUGGUUAUCAGCACACUGGCAGCUACAGAUUUAUAGUACCAAACUAUCACAAGACUCGAAGGGCAGGUUUGUUUCCUACCUUUUGUCUCUCUUUCUGGUCUCAUGCAUUGCAACCUGGGCAUAUGUGUAACUGA